CAUGCUUGGCCCAAAGAAAGCGUAUAUCAGUCACUUAUUAAAGCCAUUUCCCAACUGAUUCGAUCAGCAAAUGUAGCCUUCAAUUGCGGUUUGGGGAGAGUCUUUCGACAUCAACCCACCGAGGCUUUCGCCGUGGCCACUCGAGCCUGAGCCUGUGUUAAUACUGUUAACUGGCUCGGGGGUGUCCGUAGUGCACUGCACCACUUGCGUUGGCUUCCGGACAAGGCCGCCUCGAAUCUCGGCGGUUGGCACUAGCUCCAGCUGUAUAAAAGUGAAACCGCGACCUGGCAAAGUCAUCAGUUCGACGCUUUGGCUCAUCUCCAUCAGGUCAACAUGAAAAUCUUUGUCUGUUUGCUGGCUGUGGCCGCUGUGGCUCAAGCUGGAUUCAUCGGAGGAAUCGGCGGUGGUGGUGGCUCAUCCCACGGAGGCUACAGUGGUGGUGGCUCAUCCCAUGGAGGCUACAGUGGUGGUGGAUCCUCCCAUGGUGGCGGAGAUGGUGGCUACAGCUAUGGCGGCGGUGGUGGCUCUGAUCACGGCUCCGAUCAUCAUGGCGGUGGUGGCUCUCCGCCCGUCAAAGUCAUCAAAGUGAUCCACGAAUCCGCUCCAUCUGGAGGUGCUGGAGGCUGGCAAUCCGGAGGAGGCGGUGGUGGCGGCGGCGGCUGGUCUGCUGGUGGUGGCGGUGGACAUGGCGGCGGUGGUGCCCAGGAGAUCAAGAUCAUUAAGAUCAUCUCGCAGCAGGGUUCGUCUGGAGGUCAUGGAGGCGGUGGCGGCUAUGGCGGAUCUUCCGGCGGAUAUGGAGGCGCAUCCAGCGGCGGUUGGUCGUCGGGAGGAGCACCCAGCGGAGGUUGGUCCUCGGGAGGAGCAUCCAGUGGUGGCUGGUCAUCGGGAGGAGCUUCCAGCGGUGGUUGGUCCUCUGGAGGAGGCGGUGCAGAGGCCCCUGCUGCCGUGAAGAUCAUUAAAAUCAUCUCGGAAUCGGACUCUGGAGCGGGAGAUUCCGGUGGUUAUGGUGGUGGAUACGGUGGAGCUUCCAGCGGAGGCUAUGGAGGUGCUUCCAGCGGUGGCUGGUCUUCCGGUGGCGCCUCCAGUGGCGGCUGGUCUUCGGGUGGUUCCUCCAGCGGAGGCUGGGCUCCCCAGGGCGGUGGCAGCUGGUAAUUGUGAUAACCCGUGAUUUCAUUGUUUUCAUUACGCCACCCAUUGUCUUCAUCUCAUUCCCAUUCUCUGUUAUAUUGCCCCCCAUUCCAACAUAUUUGUUAAAUAAAAGUUUUCUGUUUGA